AUUUCCGUGUUCUCACCCACAGGCUUAUCACUCUUCUCUCAUGGACCCUGAAACCAGACUGGUUGGCAACAUGGCGCUUUUGCCUAUUAGGAGUCAGUUCAAAGGACCUGCCCCUAGAGAGACAAAAGAUACAGACAUUGUGGAUGAAGCCAUCUACUACUUCAAAGCCAAUGUCUUCUUCAAAAACUAUGAAAUCAAGAAUGAAGCUGAUAGGACCUUGAUAUAUAUCACUCUCUAUAUUUCUGAGUGUCUAAAGAAACUUCAAAAGUGCAACUCCAGAAGCCAGGGUGAGAAGGAAAUGUACACGCUGGGAAUCACGAAUUUCCCCAUUCCCGGCGAGCCUGGGUUUCCUCUGAAUGCAAUUUACGCCAAACCUGCCAGCAAACAGGAGGACGAAGUGAUGAGGGCCUACUUGCAGCAGCUGAGGCAAGAGACCGGACUGAGACUCUGUGAGAAAGUUUUUGACCCACAGAAUGAUAAACCCAGCAAGUGGUGGACUUGCUUUGUGAAGAGGCAGUUCAUGAACAAGAGCCUUUCAGGCCCCGGACAGUAAAGCUGGCCCGGCAGACGCUUGUCUCAUCAGCCUCGGACAGCGUUUUACAGCACAAAAGUUCUUUGCAUGUACAUCUUGGAGUUUUAUACAGAGGGGAGGAGUGAGCUUGCCUUUAUUGCAAAAGCUAUCAAGAGUUUGGGCGGGAGUCGGGUUGGGCGGCGGGAUGAAACUUUGCAUUGCUAAGCUGAUGUUGAACAAACCUAAUAAAGAAAUUUCUAAUGUU